UGCUGGACUAAACAGAACCCCACUGUGAGACGACUAGACCUGUGUCUUUGUGGAGACAGAUAUCUGUGUGGGGCUUCAGCAAUGAGACGACGAUGGGGCUCACAUUACAUGUCUGUGUUGGUCUCUUUGAUCGUACUGUGGCAGACAUGGUCCAAAGCAGAUUCCAAUUCGACACGCACCUUCAAAGACAUCACAACAUUCACCAAGAUCCUGGACAGUCUGCUGGAUGGAUAUGACAACAGGCUGAGACCAGGCCUGGGAGACAGAGUGACGGAAGUCAAGACUGACAUCUAUGUGACCAGUUUUGGUCCAGUGUCUGACACAGACAUGGAGUACACUGUGGAUGUCUUCUUCCGUCAGAGUUGGAAGGACGAGCGAUUAAAGUUCCAUGGUCCAAUGAACAUUCUGCCUCUCAACAACCUUAUGGCUAGUAAGAUCUGGACACCUGACACCUUCUUCCAUAACGGCAAAAAGUCUGUGGCCCACAACAUGACCAUGCCCAACAAGCUGCUGAGGAUCAUGGAGGAUGGAACCUUGCUAUACACCAUGAGGCUAACAGUUCAAGCUGAGUGUCCCAUGCACCUGGAAGACUUCCCCAUGGACUCUCACUCAUGUCCUCUCAAGUUUGGCAGCUAUGCCUACACUAAGACAGAGGUUACUUACAUCUGGACUCGUAAUGCCUCCCAGUCUGUGGAUGUAGCAGCUGAUGGAUCUAGACUCAACCAAUACGACUUGGUGGGCCAAACGGUGGGGAAGGAGACCAUUAAAUCCAGCACUGGAGAAUACACAGUCAUGACAGCCCACUUCCACCUGAAGAGGAAGAUUGGCUACUUUGUGAUCCAGACAUAUCUGCCCUGUAUCAUGACAGUCAUCCUUUCCCAGGUCUCAUUCUGGCUCAACCGGGAGUCUGUGCCAGCCAGGACUGUCUUUGGUGUAACUACAGUACUCACAAUGACCACUCUGAGUAUUAGUGCCCGUAAUUCACUGCCCAAGGUGGCCUAUGCUACAGCUAUGGACUGGUUCAUCGCUGUCUGCUAUGCCUUCGUCUUCUCUGCGCUCAUUGAAUUUGCUACUGUCAACUACUUCACCAAGCGAGGCUGGGCCUGGGAUGGAAAGAGCGUCGUGAAUGACAAGAAAAAGGAAGCAUCCAUCAUGAAGAAGAACAAUGCCUAUGCUGUGGCUGUGGCUAACUAUGCUCCCAACAUCACAAAAGACUCAACGUUGCCCACUAUCUCCAAGUGUUCUCUGAGCGAUCCCAACAAGAUGACUGGAGAGACGAAACCUGAGCAGAACAAGAAAACCUUUAACAGCGUCAGCAAGAUUGACCGCAUCUCCCGCAUCAUGUUCCCUGUGCUGUUUGGGAGCUUUAACCUUGUCUACUGGGCCACCUACCUGAACAGAGAACCAGUCAUUAAAGAUCUGGAUCCUUCCAAAUGAACUACAGGGACUCCCUCCAAACACACAACCCAUUCAGGACUUGUACAUUUGUUGGUAUUCAUUUUGUGAGUCAAAAGCUGUUUAUAUGCAUGGAGAAUCCCCUUCUCCCUUCUCUCUUUUCUGACUUGCUAACUCAGUGCAGUCUUGGGUCAUCAGAACUGGUUUAGAAUAAUGUGAGAGCUCAUAUUAUAGGAGUAAGCCAGGCAUCUUAAACAAGUUUAAUAUAAUCAGACAGAAUACUGCGCCAUGAAGUCAUGUUCUUUGUUUUACUUUUUCAGACAUGGUGUGAGAGCACAGGAAAGCACACAUGCACACAAUGCUCACAAAUCGAUGGACACAUUUGCAUUAAGAAAAUAGACAUUUCCUCUUAAUUAUGGCCUCCAUAGGUUCUAAUUAUGACAACAUUUGGUAAAAUGAGAGAACAACACUGCAGAAACUGGAGAAUACUUCAUUUUUAAAUUUGUUUAAUCAAUAUUUUUACAUUAAAAAUGGAUCAACUCUGCAGUUCCCCUCAACUUUCUGGAGCUUUUUAGCCUAUUUGAGCUUGUUGUUUUGUUUUUCAGACCCACAACUUUAAAGAGGUUCUGCACACUUAAAUAUGUUUUGAGCUGUUUGAGCUGUAAACCAAAUUAUAUGACUGUACUGUGAUGAAACACAUCAAUGCUGGUGUUGAUAUUGACAUUGACACCAAAUUUAUUAAAAAAUGUGGCAUUUCAUGGGCUGAAAAUGGCUCAAUCUAUUAUCUGGUGGCCAAAAUCAGCCAUAAAAA